CAGGUGGAGAAGGAGGCGUCCCGCAGCCGCAUCCCCCGCCUGGUCCUGCGGUCGCAGCAGAAGGUGUCUCCCGCUUCCGAGUCGCCCUUUUCGGAGGAGGAGAGCCGGGAAUUCAACCCGCCCAGUUCCUCCGGGUGCUCCGGCACGACCGUCAGCAGCAACAGCUUCUGCUCAGAUGACACUGGCUGUCCUAGUAGCCAGUCAGUAUCUCCAGUUAAGACUCCUUCUGAUGCUGGAAACCGUCCAAUCAGUUUUUGCCCUGGUAGCGAUGGAGAGUUCUCCAGGAAGAAAAUCAGUCCAGGGACAAUGAGCGAUGGGAACCCGCAGCUGGCUCGAUUUAAGAAGGACACAAAGACAAUCCUUGUAAAGCCCGGGAGCGAAGCUGAUUUUAGCUCUUCAAGCAGCACGGGCAGUAUUUCAGCGCCUGAAGUCCAUAUGUCAGCUCCUGGAAGCAAAAGAUCAUCUUUUUCUCGCAAUCGUAGCUCUUAUAGUCGGAAUAAUGGAUCCUCAUCCUACAAGUCUGGAGCCAGCCCACCUGUUUCCCGUGAAAAGGACCCUUUGUCAACACUGUGCAAAAACCAGCUGAGUCCUGCUAACAUCCAUCAGAGUUACAGGGCUUCUUCAGCCAGCAGCAGCAACUCCGGCUCAUACAAAGGAAGCGACAGCAGCCCUGUCAUGAGGCGAUCAGGGAGACAAAAUUCUUGUGGUGACAAUCACGGUGUUAAGCCACAAAAUCCAGAGCAAUAUUUGACUCCUCUGCAGCAGAAAGAAGUUACAGUACGGCAUUUGAAAACAAAGCUGAAGGAAUCUGAGAGCAAACUUAAAGAAAGGGAAACCGAAAUAGAAGAGCUCAAAGCUCAGCUGGUACGUAUGAGGGAAGACUGGAUCGAAGAAGAGUGUAAUCGUGUGGAAGCAGAGCUGGCCUUAAAGGAAGCAAGGAGUGAAAUUAAACAACUCAAGCAGGUUAUUGAAACCAUGAAGAACAGCUUGGCUGAAAAAGACAAAAAAAUUGAGAAAUACUUCAUAGACAUAAACAUUCAGAACAAGAAACUGGAAUCUUUGCUGCAGAGCAUGGAGAUGGCACAGGACAGCUCUGUGAGCGAUGAGCAGUGCCUGGAGAACACCUGUGACUCAGAAGGGAAGCUGCUGGAGCUCUGUCCCACACUGCUAGACAGCCUCAUCACACAGGACCAGGCUCUGGAGGAGGUGGCAGAUAGCGGGCUCCUUCCUAAUGAGGACGGAACUGCUGGGACUGAUUCAUCUGAAGAGAGUUUGACUGCGACAGCCUCGGAGUUGAGUGAGCCAGCUGCCUCCAGUUCUGCUGUGAAUAAAGGGGUGCUUGAAAAUGUUGUGGAUGAAGAACCGACUUAUUCCCAGGAGGAGGAGAAAACCAGCAAUGUAAUGGUGGAACAGGCCGUCCAGACUGAUGUUGUGCCAUAUAGCCUAGAUUUGAAGCAGCUGAUUCAAAGCAUCUUCAGAGCUCAAGAUACCCAUCCUCCAAGCCCAUGUUCUUCAGUGAAGGAAUUGGGGGAAUUUUCCUUUGAAAGCUUCAGUGAAUCUGGUGUUGUAGUGGACUUAACUCCAAGUGAUCCAAACUCUGCAAUCCUUUUGUCUCCUAUGGAGUCUCCGUGCAGGAAGGAGGAGUACAGUGUUAGUGAGAACCGUUUCAUGCAAGAACUUGAUUUUACAGAACCUCAUAAUGAUGAAGCCUUUGAGUAUAUCAAUACUUGCUCUCAGACAGGAAUAAAGAGGAGAUACUGGAGCAGCAGUCUCUUCAAAGAUGUUCUGGCUGUAGCAGCCCCUGUUAUACCAACUGUCAUGUGGGCUUUCAGCACUCAGAGAGGAAUGAAUCCCAUUUACAAUAUCGGCACAUUGCUGCGUGGCUGCUGCCUGGUGGCCCUGGGGUCCUUGCGCCGUACACCCUUCAACAUCAAAACCUGA